UUUCUUCGGUUUGCUAUUAAAACAACAGUGUUUUUUUCGAGUGAACAAAUAGAUAAAGUGCAUUUUAAUUACAAUUACUGAUCAGAAGUACUAAUAGUACCUAAACUUAAUAAUGUUGGAGACCGAAGCAAUGCAUCAGCGAAGCACAUCUGAAUAUGAAACAACCAAAGACUUUGACUCUUAUGUUUGUUCACUAAGUUCUGAAAUGAAAAUUCUUGCCAAAGAAGAGUUACACGAAGACGAUAAUGUACGCCAGCAAGCAUUAAAUCAGUUCCGUGAAUGGAUAUCUAAACACCCAUCUAUCAAGAAGUGCCGCACCGAUUCUGUGUUCCUGCUGCGUUUUUUACGCACAAAGAAGUUUUCCGUUCCCGAAGCAUGUGAAAUGCUUGAACGCUAUUUAACGAUACGUCAAUUAUUUCCGCAAUGGUUCUCGAAAUUGGAUAUUACAGAACCAGUAAUCAGUGAGAUUUUUGACAAUGGAUACAUAGUACCACUUCCUCAAAGGGAUGAAAAUGGCAGACAAAUAAUACUUUCGGUAGCGAGGAACUUUGAUCCUUAUAAAUAUACUUCUGUCCAGAUGGCACGCGUGCACUCAUUGAUUUGCGAAGGCUUGCUAGAUGACGAGCAGUCACAAGUGGCUGGUUAUGUGUAUAUCAAUGAUGAGAGUGGAAUAAAUAUGGGGUUUGCAAGCCUUUGGUCUCUUUCCGAUUUAAGAAACAUGAUUAAAUGUAUACAAAAUUCCACUCCAAUGAGGCACAAAGAAACACAUUUCAUGAAUAUACCGCAUUUCGCAAACCGUAUUAUCGAAUUGGGGGUGUCAUUACUUAGUGAAAAAUUAAAAAAUCGUAUAACUGUUCACAAGUCACUUGAUGCUUUGAAAGAAAAAAUAAACCCUGCAAUACUUCCCCAAGAGUAUGGUGGAACGAUUCCUAUGGCUGAUAUUAUUAAGCAAUUUAAAUUAAAAUUGCUACAAAAGCGAGAAGCGAUCCUAUCCCUUGACGACAUGUGCAUUGAAAUUACCAAAUACCCAAAUAUAUCAUCAAAUAAUGGAAUAAGUGAUGUUGAUGUGGGAGUUGUAGGAAGUUUUAGAAAGCUGGAAGUGGAUUGAAUGAUCAUGCAACACCUUUUCAAAUUAAUUAUAUUUAUAUUACAAAGCCAAUAACGAAGAACUGUACAUUUCAAUAUAAUUUUCACCAUCAUACCAAUUUUUAGAUUUUUGGUGCGCAUUAGUGAAGAACAUAUACAUAUACAGGGUGAGCCAUCUUUUAUGUCGGUAUGAAAACAUUGAAUAACUUUGAAAAAAAAAAAAACUGAUCUGUAUAAGUGAGGUAUUUUUAUUUGGUUUGGGUAUUUACAAUUUAUUAAAACUAUUUUUUGAAUACAAUAUUAAUCAAGUGGCCACCUUUAUUAGCAAUCACAAACUGCGAUCUUUCUUCUGCGUUUGCCAUCACCUUGUCAAGCAUUUCGGGUUUUAUAGCGUCCAUUUCGACACGAAUGUUUGCCCUAAGCUAGUCAAUAGUCUGCGGCUUGUUGGCGUAAACCUUACUUUUUAGAUAACCCCACAAAAAGAAGUGCGGGGGUUAAGUCAUGUGAUCUGGGAUGAUGAUCUUUUGACACUAAAUAUCCCGAGAAUUUUCGUUGCAGAAAUUCAAUUGUUGCAUUCGCAGUGUGGCAUAGCGCAUCCUGUUGAAACCAGUAACCGUCUAAACCUUUCGCACGCAUUUGCGGGCAGACAUUAUGAGCCAACAUCCAUCAAUAUCGGUUUCCAUCGACCGUUUCGUUUUCUCGGUAAAAAUAUGGCCCAAUGAUGGUUUUGGCGCAAAUGCCGGCCUAAACAGUUACUUUCCGGUCAUGCAAUGGCGUUUCAUGGAUCUCGUGUGGAUUCUCAGUUCCCCAAAUGCGGCAAUUUUGUUUAUUCACGCUCCCAGAGAGGUUAAAAUGUGUCGUGUCAGUCAUUAUAAUUUGCUUCCAAAAAUUGGGUUCAGUGUCAACCAUUCGAACGACUGUUUGGUCGUAUUCCAAGCGACGUGAAUGGUCUGACAGCAAUAUUCUUUGUGUCAAUUGCACUUUAUACAGAAACAAAUUUAAAUCAUCCUUUAAAAUGCUGAAAUCACUGACGCCAAAAUGCUGAGUGCGACGACGAUACGACUCUGUUAUCUCCUGGGCAACGCUCUGCCUCACUGCUUCAAAAAGUUCAUUUUAACAUCUUGGUCGUUGAUGAACGGCAUGUUGACGAUCUCCAACUGUCCCGUGCUCAAAAAAAAUACCAGUCUAACGGUUAG